AUGGCAUCACCAACAAUACCUUCUUCCGCUGAUAAUGCGGAUACUUUACAAUCAAAAUUAUCAUUUAUUCAUCGUUAUUAUUUACUUUUAAAAGCACAUUAUUUUCUGUUUUUUGCAGCAUAUGGUGCAUUUUAUCCAAUAUUAAGUAUAACAUUACGUAGUCGUGGUUUAUCCGAUACUGAAAUAUCAUAUCUUAAUAUUGGUAUUCCAUUUUUAAUCUUUUUUACAAAUCCAUUAAUGAAUUAUAUUGCUGAUCUUUCACGUCGUUAUAAACUAACAUUUAAUUGUGUUUAUUUUAUAGCAGCUAUUGCAUGUGCUAGUAUAUUAGUUGCACCAUCUGUUAAAUCCGGUAAUAUACAAGCUACUAUGACACAUGAUACAAAAUUAGGUCAUAUAUUGGAUUUAUGUGCUAGUCAAGAAUUAGCAACAAAAUGUGCAUCAAGAGCUAAGUGUGGAUGUACAUAUCAAGCCAAUUGUAGUUUUGAUGAUGUAUUAAAUCGUGGAUAUAAUAAUCAAAUGGAACCUUUUUUGUUUAAUUUUUCAAUGAAAUCAGAAAAUAUUCGCGAAGAAACUAACGAUAUAAAUGGCGUGACUAAGCAACAAGCAUGUGGAAUUAAAUAUAAAGUACUUAUUGAUAAUGAUAUCAAACAAUAUAGAGAAAAUCCAAGUUUUAACAGAUCUCUUAGUAGAGUUCGUUCAUCUCGAUUAGUUGUUUGUGGAAUAACUUGUUCAGAAGCAAAUAAUUGUCGUGGACCACGUAAUUCUGAUCAAACACCUUUCAUUGUUCUUUAUGCAGUCUUAUUCGUUGUCGGAACAAGUCUUCUAACAAAUGCUAUUCCACUUGGCGGUGCAAUUUGUUUUGCUAGUAUACAUCGUGUAGACAUUUAUGGUCAACAACGUGUUUGGGGUACAAUCGGUUUUGGUAUAGUAGCAUAUACUACUAGCCUUCUUUAUAACUAUUUUCACAGUAUAUAUGUUUAUUUUAUUAUGUUUUGUAUUACAAGUGGUGCCUGUAUAAUUACAACAUGUUUUAUUCGUAUACAACCAGAUAAAAAAAAACGACGUUCAACAGUUGAUGAAAUUAUUAUUCAAAAGAAUGAUAAUUUAAAUCAUGGAAAAACGAAGAAAAAUCGAUCACAAUCUAAAAUACUAGCAAUAUUACCAUUGUUAAAAAAAGUUGAUGUUAUUGUUUUUUUUUCACUUACAAUUAUUUGGGGAAUGUCCUAUGCAGUUUUAAAUCCGUAUUUAUAUUUAUAUAUUGAUGAAAUAGCUCCAUGUGAUUCCCAUUCAGUCAUUGGUAUAAUGUCAUUAGUAUCAGCUGUCUCUGAAGUUAUUGCUCUUUUCUUUGCCGCAAGAUUUCUGAAAUUAUUAGGUACAAAUUUAUCAUCGGUUAUUAUUUUAUUAGCUUUUAGUGUUCGAUUUGGUGGUUAUUAUUUUAUUCGUGAACCAUAUUUCCUUGCAUGUAUGGAAACAAUGCAUUUUUUUAAUUUUGGUAUACUUUUGGUUUUAAUACUUCAAAAAGCUGAUUCGAUUGCACCACCUGGUCUAUCGGGUACACUUCAAAGUGUUUCGAUGGGACUUUGCUUUGGUUUAGGUUGUGGUAUUGGUUUAAUUGUUUCAUUAUUUAUUUAUAAAUCACUUGAACACCGUCUUCUCUUUUUAAUCUUUGCCAUAUUUAAUUUAAUCUGUGCUAUUAUUUAUGGAAUUUAUUUUCUUAUAAGUAGAAAAAAUUCAAACAAAUCCAUUGAACACAAUACAUCAAAUAUUAUUGUUGAAUCUGAUACAAAAUCAAAUGAAGAACCUUUAUUAGUAUCAUCGAUUGAAAAUAAAUCAGACAAUCAAAUUGAUAAAUAA